GACAUAUUCUCUAACUAAACAAGGGGUUAGUUUUCGUUAUGGAUUUGAACGGUUUCAAUCUUUUAACAAGACUCACCUACUUCUUGUAACCAUACCCCUCAAAGUUACAAAAUUGUAGCAAUUAACUCGAACUAUUUAGUGAACUAUAACUUAAAUUUUGAUGGCUCGGGGAUAAUUACGGGAAGUUUACGGAUGCAAUUACAACAAAUUAGAAGAUUUUACUAAGAAACUAAAUGCCCAAAGAGAACUUAAAUGCAGAAUCAAUUAGAUGCAAAAAAAAGAAAAGAAUAAGUAACAAAAAAAUCCCAUCACGAUUUGCAUCUUCCUAUUUUUGUUCUCAACUACAUAGUGUUCAAAAACAGUCAACCCAAAUGAAACAUUAUGUUGACAGCACAUCACACUUAAGACUUGCGUGAGAGUCUUGAAUUAAUUUUCUUUUUCUUCUAGACCAUUAUUAAUUUAAUAAUUAUUGCCAUAAUAAACCAAUGAGCAAAGCCGUUCAAAAUACAGAUAUGAAGACAGACACUAGCAAACCAUAAUUUCCAAGAACAAGAAAUCAUAAAAACAGAGAAUUUGGUUUCUAAACUCACUUACCUCAAAAGCACUCCCUUCUGCUAUGAUCAACCUCUCCGCCAUGAUUGCAGCAAUCCUCAUCCUAUUCCUAAGUUUCAUCAAUGAAGGGUUUGGUGCUGGAAGCUGCAGUUUGGACACCAUUAACAUAGGAACACAGAGAAGUGGAAGGGUGAUUGGGGGCCAACCUGAAUGGAACGUGCAAGUGAUUAACAACUGCGAUUGUCCUCAGAAGCAGAUCGUCUUGUCCUGCCCAGGGUUUCAGACUGUUGAACCUGUUGAUCCAUCGAUUGUGUCAAAGCAAGGGGACGCUUGCCUGCUCAUAAAUGGAGGAAUUGUUCAGCCUGGUUCUUCAGUUCAAUUUUCCUAUGCUUGGGAUCCCCCUUUCAUCUUGUUCCCUCGUUUCUCUGUUUCUCAGUGUCAUACCUGAAGCAACAACAAACAAUAUUACAAAGUUGUCAAUUUAGUCUGAGUUAAUCGUAAAGUUGAGGAAAAAUUUGAAGAUAAUCGUUCUUUUUUGAGUUUGUUUGCUUCGCCUGAUUGAUAUGUUAAAGAUGGGAUGAAACAGCUUCUAAUUAUUUGGUCC